GGCAACAAUAGGAAACGUCAAAACUAGGGCAGUCGGCAGUUCUGGCUCCUGCAGCUGGAGGUGCCCUGAGUUCUGAGGGUCGUAGUGCUGUUUCUGGUAUUCUCAUUGCGGUCACCUCCACCGGUGUGGACAAGUAAAGUUUGAACCGGCUUCUCCAUGGCCUGGGCACCAGUUCCCGGCUGAGCCAUUUUCUUUUUGGCUAAAAGCCCCCGCCCAGAGGCCGAUUCGUCGCGGCGGCGGUGGAGAUCGCAGGUCGCUCAGACCAAGAAAAAAUAUGUUUGGUUUUAUUUUGAAGCUCCUUAGAAAGAUUUUUAUAGAUCCUCUCAACAUGAUAAAGAAGCUUUGAACAAAAUAAAUUCAAAUUUGGAAGAAAAGGCUUGCAGAUGGGUCAGGGGUUGUGGAGAGUUGUCAGAAACCAGCAGCUACAACAAGAAGGCUACAGUGAGCAAGGCUACCUCACUAGAGAGCAGAGCAGGAGAAUGGCUGCGAACAACAUUUCUAACAGCAAUCAUCGUAAACAAGUCCAAGGAGGCAUUGACAUAUAUCAUCUUUUGAAGGCAAGGAAAUCAAAAGAACAGGAAGGAUUCAUUAAUUUGGAAAUGCUGCCUCCUGAGCUAAGCUUCACCAUCUUGUCCUACCUGAAUGCAACUGACCUUUGCUUGGCUUCGUGUGUUUGGCAGGACCUCGCAAAUGAUGAACUUCUCUGGCAAGGGUUGUGCAAAUCCACUUGGGGUCACUGUUCCAUAUACAAUAAGAACCCACCUUUAGGAUUUUCUUUUAGAAAAUUGUAUAUGCAGCUGGAUGAAGGCAGCCUCACCUUUAAUGCCAACCCAGAUGAGGGAGUGAACUACUUUAUGUCCAAGGGUAUCCUAGAUGAUUCGCCAAAGGAAAUAGCAAAGUUUAUCUUCUGUACAAGAACACUAAAUUGGAAAAAACUGAGAAUCUAUCUUGAUGAAAGGAGAGAUGUCUUGGAUGACCUUGUAACAUUGCAUAAUUUUAGAAAUCAGUUCUUGCCAAAUGCACUGAGAGAAUUUUUUCGUCAUAUCCAUGCCCCUGAAGAGCGUGGAGAGUAUCUUGAAACUCUUAUAACAAAGUUCUCACAUAGAUUCUGUGCUUGUAACCCUGAUUUAAUGCGAGAACUUGGCCUUAGUCCUGAUGCUGUCUAUGUACUGUGCUACUCUUUGAUUCUACUUUCCAUUGACCUCACUAGCCCUCAUGUGAAGAAUAAAAUGUCAAAAAGAGAAUUUAUUCGAAAUACCCGUCGCGCUGCUCAAAAUAUUAGUGAAGAUUUUGUAGGGCAUCUUUAUGACAAUAUCUACCUUAUUGGCCAUGUGGCUGCGUAAAAGCACAGUUGCUAGGACUUCAAGUUUUUACUUCAGACUAAAGCUACCCAAGGACUUAGCAGAUAUGGGGGUUACAUCAGUGCUGGUCAUUGUAGCCUGAGUAUACAAUCAAGCUUCAGUGUGUAACCUUUUUUUCUUUUGCCAUUUUCUAUUUUAGUAAUUUCCUUGGGGAACUAAAUAAUUUUACAGAAUUUUUCCUAAUUUUGUUUAUCAUGUUUUGCACAAAGCAGAGCCAUUGUCUAACACAGCUGUUAAAGAAUGAUAAACUGACAUUAUACUCUAAAAGAUGGUGUAUUUGUGCAUUAGAUUUGCCUGAAAAACUUUAUCCAUUUCCAUUCUUUAUACAAAUACCAUGUAAUGUGUACAUAUUUAACUAAAGAGAUUUAUAGUCAUAAUUAUUUUAUUGUAAAGAUUUUAACUAAAGUUUUUCCUUUUCUCUCAAA